ACGCAGUUGGUUCUUUAUGAUUCUCUGGCGUGCCCCGCGUGCCGCCAUAAUUAAAUCCUGUGUUUGAGAACGUGAGAGCCCUGCUACAGUUACCAUGGCGAAUUCUUCGCAAGUGGCCGCUUUUCCCACUAAAGGAUGGGAGAACAACAUUACCGUCAUUCCGCGCCUGAGCGAUGAGGGUAUGUUGACGUAUUAUUCAAGUAGGCCGGGCGCAGAGCGGAACUGGAACAUCGACCCCUUCGUGAUAACGUCCUCCAUACGAAGCAACAUCUGCAAAAUAAGUGAUGGGCUUGUCUUCAUCAAGGCAACUUGUUAUCAAAGCGAGAAAGGAGACUCGGCCUAUUCUGUCGUCGCUGCUGUCAACUCGGAAGCAGAAAUCGUUAGAGGCAGCUGUGAAUGUUCAGAUGGAGAAAGCGCCUGCAAUCACCUCAUGGGAGUUCUCGAGACCGUUUCGUUGCUGCAGUCGAAAGGAUUUGCAAGAGUAGCGCAGCACUUGCCGUGCACCAAUAUUAGAGAAAAAGAACUAGCAGCUGAUGCAAAUGCUGUCCUGCGUAAGCUUUCAGAAGUGAACAACCUCAGGGGGUGCCGCAGCAGUAUGCAGCAGCAAGAUGAGGCAAGGCAGCGGCUUCGCAGGGAUCUGCUUAAAUUAGAGCCUGUAUGUUUAUUUGCCCGGUAUUCGCUCGCACCACAGGUCUCGUACACGAUGACAAAAUUUGGUCCUGCCCCUGCGGGGUCGCUGCUAUCGUGCCAACAACCGCUUCUGUCUCAUGAAUUCAGAAACGCCCUGCGUAACCAGCCAGACGCCUGAGCAUUGCAGUGAACACAUUUAGUUUGGUUUUGUCUGUGGAUUCAUAUUACUUGCAGAAAUGCGGUUAAAUCCCGUGUUUACAUUCUGAGUGACGGUCCUGAGACACGCCGACAUAAAAAGAAAGAACCCUUA